UUAUGCUAUAGGUUUACACACAAUAUGAUAUCAGAACCAUCGGUGCCUGUGUAGAAACCCUGGUGAAAUAGAGGCACUGAAGGCGUUAAUUAGUUCACGAGCUCCUGGGCAACACACACACACACACACACACACACACACACACACACACACACACUCACUCUUCUGUCUAAAUGUAAGAUCCUCAGCAGAAAGCCGGAGGAAGUCGGGAUGCUUCACCGCAAGAUCCAUCUCAUUCUUCUGCAUGUGUAGACCUUAACGUUUUUUUUCUGUCAGUAAUUGUUGUAACUGUAUGACAUAAGGCGAAUAGAGACUCACUGUUCUCUCUGAGUCAAUUGUGGUUUUCAAACCGCUGGAUCCAUCAUCACGGAUGAGCCUGCAGUAAAAGACCAGCAUGUCAAGCUCCUCUGACACCCUACAGUUUUGUUUCCCCACCCACGGUGACUCCAUCCUGAGCAAAAUCAAUACUCUAAGAGAGGAGCAGCGCUUCUGUGAUAUCACUCUCCUCCUUGGGGGUCCGCAAAGCGCCACUGCCCAGCAGCCUCUCCUCUUCCACGGUCACAGAGCAGUGCUCGCAGCGUCCUCAGACUUCCUACGUGACCAAUUCCUGCUCCACGAAGGCCGGGCUGAGCUCAGCUUGGGUAUAGUUUCCAGUGUGGAGGUUGGCAAGAGACUUCUCCUGUCCUGCUACACCGGGCUCUUAGAGGUCCCUCUGAGAGAAAUGGUGAGCUACCUGACUGCCGCCAGUGCCCUCCAGAUGAGUCAGGUGGUGGAGAAGUGUGCCCAGGCUCUCUCCCAGUAUCUCAGUCCCACACUGGCUUCCUUGAAACUGGAGAGACAUUCAGAGAAGGAAAUCCAGCAGCAUGACAGUGAUUGGCCAAAUACCAGCUUCAAAAAUCAGGAGGAAAGGGAUGUAACCCAGCCCAGGAACAGCAUCCAGGAAGCAAGUUCCACGAAAGGAGGGGCGGUUGAGAUUCAGUCCAAGUCAAGGUUCAGCCAAGGACUCAAACAAGCCAUCCUAUCAAGUUCCCAGAACCAACAUAGAGAAGCAGAGGAGGAGCAAAGAGAAGAGGAAGAAGUGUUAUUGCUGGAAGCUCCACUGCAAGAAUGUGGAGAGCUGAUGGACUCCAAUCUGUUUCGCCUCUCUGGAGCACAUCUACCAAAGAGUCAUUGUUCUGGAGAUGAGCUGACAGAAGAUUCAGACAGCAUAUUGGUCCAGAGGCCGUACCUUUGCAGGAGGUGUGACAGAGUCUUCCAGCACCUGGAGAGCUAUGUGGGUCACCUGAAGAAGCACAGAGAGUACUUGUGUUUGGUCUGCGAGAAAGGCUUUUCCCAGAGGAGUAACCUGACCCGCCACAUACACGUCCACACUGGCGUCAAGCCUUUUCGAUGCCCGCUGUGCCACAAGACAUUUUCCCAGAAGGCCACGCUGCAAGACCACCUCAAUCUACACACAGGGGAUAAGCCCCAUAAAUGUAAAUAUUGUGCUGUGCACUUUGCACACAAGCCAAGUCUUAGGCGCCACCUGAAGGACAUUCAUGGUAAGAGUAGCCUGCAAAAUAUGCUUGAGGAGGAUGUGCACUGAUGAUAAAUAAGCAGUUUCUAUAUUACUUUGAGAAUAUGUCAAAUAUGGUAUCAGGAAGGACAUUAAGCUACAGUUGACCUCGAAUUAGAGUUUAAUAAAGAUAAGGUAUUUCAAUUAAAACAUUUAUUUUUUGUAUUUAAAAGAUUUAUUUUAAGUCAGCAAAAUCUCAAAGUGAAGAUGAUCUCACUUUCCACUACACCAGUGUCUCCCAUCACACUGAGGGAGAAUCAUUGAGUUAAUGCAUCUGCACUGUAACAUCUGGCUAAAGUAGUAAGGGUCCUUCUGUGCCUUCUGCAGCGUUUAUCUCUGCCAGUACAAUACAUUGAGUUAAGACCUGUAGCAUGCAAUGUACACAUUUCAUUAUGCUAUAUCAUCUGCAAUGGCAUGUAUAGUAGUGAAUGCAAUCUCAUAUAGGGUGGAGUUAGGCAUUGUUUCCAACACCUUUGAGAGGGCUCUUGACCAAAGAUUAUUCUGCUUCACCAAGAAGAUAAGCCAUCGAUAACUAUGUAAGUUAUAAGAGAAAGAAUGUUAUAAUACUAAACAUUUAAUAAUAGUGAACA